CAUCACACGAUGCCUGCUCGAGGAAGAAAGAGAAAACUCGAUCGUAAUCAUUCUCAGAUUCCCGGAGGGUCAAGACUACGACAUACUAAUCUACCCAGUCAGUACGACUUCACGCCGGCAGUCCAAGCUCCUCGUACGCAGCAGACACCUGAUGAAGUCCCCAUUUUGCCACGACAUUCAACGGAAUCCCAGAUCCGGGACUAUCCUCCGCCUCAACAACUAUUUCAGGGCUCCGUUACUCGCCAACCUCCACCUCAAGUACGCCGGUCUCCUUCAGUAGAAGUUAACUACAAUCCAGCGACUCAUGCAACUCUUCAAGAUGACUCUCCGCCUUCUCCAGCUCAACGCUCUCAGGCUCGUAGUCAUCAGACUCGUAGUCAUCCAUCGCAUCCAUCGUCCCAAGGCAACAACUUCGAAGAAGAAACUUCUACGGUGUUGCCGGAGCUCCAGGAGGACGUGGUUCGGGCUCUAAAUGCCCUGCUUGUGGUGCCAGGUCGGGAUAAGUUCACCACGGUCCUCUCUCCCACACCCUUACCGAACACCCAAUGGUUUACUCGUGACAAAGGGUCAAAACUUGUUCGGAAGAUUACUAAAAUUCUUCUAAACAAAUUCGAAGGUCCCUUCUACAGCUGGACAUGUAAAACCCACACCUGGGAUCCUUUGAUAACCGGAACUGUUCAAGCUUAUUUUGAGAAAAUCUGUCAAAAGCGGAUCAAAGACAUGGUUAGCAAUGUGAGGACUAGUGGAGUUCAACCAAACUGGAUUGGAGACACUCUCAUGAGCACGAUGGAGGAUUACUGGGACACUGAAGAAGCACAACAAAAGAGUAAAACCUACUCUCAGGCCCGUAUGUCUGACCGUAACGGCCUAGGUCCUCAUGUCCACCUCUCAGGGCCAAAGUCUUAUCAACAGCUUCAAGACGAAAUGGUUGAGGAAUUGGGAAGAGAAGUCCGACUUGGUGAGGUUUUCAUCAAGGCACAUACAAAGCCUGAUGGUACAUAUGUUGAUCGGAAGGCAGAAAAGAUUGCAGGGACAUAUGAGAAGACUGUUCAAGAGAGGUUGUCUCAGCUCGAGGCAGAGUCUUUUGCUGUGUCAGAUGGAGAAUCACGGCCACGGGACCUCACAACAGAAGAAUAUACAGAAAUUUUCCUGGAGGAUUGUGUCUUUAGAUUCAUGUUUGUGUAUUCAUUGCUUGUGUAUUAUGAUAUAUUGCUUGUGUAUUGA